AUGGGUCGCGGAGGACGUGGCGGCGGACGCGGACGCUUUCGCGGUAAGAAUAAAGGUCGUGGCGGCGGCGGCGGUGGCAGAGAUACAAGGACCGAGUCAUGGAACGAUAUCCAGCGCAAGAAUGAGCUGUUCGAGAGCUACUAUCGCAGGGGCGGAUUUCUGGAGGAAGCUGAAUUUGAAGAGAUGUGGAAGACACUAGCCACGGACCUGCCCAACAGUUUCCGAUUCACAGGCACCAAAUCCGAUGCGCUCGCCGUGCGCGAGAUCUUCAAGAAGCGCUACAUACCUGCGAUUCAGUCUAUGGACUUUGAAGGCGAACCCGUCGAGCCCCCAAGACCCGUCGCAGCUUUCCCCGAUGAGUUAGUAUGGGACAUGAAGACGCACAAGAAGGUCAUCCGACGAUAUGCGCCCUUCGCCGAAUUCCAGAAGUUCCUCGUCGCCGAGACCACUUCCGGCAAUAUUAGCAGACAGGAAGUUGUGAGCAUGAUCCCGCCGCACUUCUUGGAUGUCAAGCCUGGCAUGGUCGUCUUGGACAUGUGCGCUGCGCCGGGCAGCAAAACUGCACAGCUGGCUGAGAUGAUCCAUGGCGAUGAGGAAGAGCGGGUCGCAAGAGCCGCUCGUGACGAGAACCCUAAUGUCGACGGCGAGGGUGACUACAGUGACGAUGGAAGAUCUACCGGUCUGCUGAUCGCGAACGACACCGACUACAAGCGCGCUGGCAUGUUAACGCAUCAAGUCAAGCGGCUCAAUUUCCCGAAUCUGAUUGUGACGAAUCACGACGCCUCAAUUUUCCCCUCUGUCGAGCUACCCUCCCAGGGUGGAAAGAAACAGUAUCUUAAAUACGACCGCAUCCUAGCGGACGUUCCUUGCUCAGGAGAUGGCACAGCGCGCAAAAACCCCAAUGUGUGGAGCAAGUGGACCCCCAAAGAUGGUCUUGGUCUCCACAACCUACAGCUACGCAUUCUUUUCCGCGGUCUGCAAAUGCUCAAGAAGGGCGGUCGCCUCGUCUAUUCGACCUGCAGCAUGAACCCCGUUGAGAAUGAAGCCGUAGUUGCUGCCGCGAUUGAAGCGUGUGGUGGUAUCUCCAAGGUCCAGCUUGUUGACGGCUCCGGCCAUCUGCCAAAUCUGAAGAGGAAGCCUGGACUGAACAAGUGGAAAGUUUAUGACACCUCUGCAGUUCCCGGUGGAGAAAAGACUGCGCAUCUUUUCAACAGCUGGGAUGCAUUCGUAAAGGCUAAGCAGAACUACGAUAAGGAGGAGCCCGAGCGACAGUUCUCCAGCAAGAUUUCCCCAGGAUGUUUCCCUCCUAUCGAAAAACCCGAAGAGGAGCGCAUACCCCUUGAGCGUUGCGUCAGGGUUUAUCCUCACUUGCAGGACACGGGAGGUUUCUUCAUCGCUAUUUUGGAGAAGAUCGACGAUAUCAAAAUCGCACAGAUAAGCGCGUCAGACAAUACGGAGCUCCUCCGUAAGGCGAUGCAGGAGUCAGAAGCUACGACCCCAGCAGCCACGACCGUGGAGCUUUCCGAUGCAACUGAACAGCCCAAUGGGAGCACUUCUCCGUCAAAACGUAAGCUGGACGAUGCAGAUGUGCAGAAGCCCGAGGUAAUUAAAAAGGUAAAGACUGAAGAAGCUCCUUUAGAACAACCAGUGAACGACUCAGACUCCAAGUCUAAAGUAGAAACACCUGCCAAGGCUCCCAAUGGCGCCGUUACCAAAGCCCCUGUCGACGAGCCCUCCAAGCCCAAGGGUGGCCAGCAAAGCAACAAAGAGUAUUUCGAGUACGUUCCCGCAGACGACCCUUCGAUAGCCCAAAUUCUCAACUUCUUUGGCAUCUCCUCGCGCUUCCCGCGUGACCGCUUCAUGGUCAAGAACAAGGAAGGCCUUCUUCUCAACAAGGUCUAUUACACGUCUGCGCUUGCGAAAACAAUCAUCAACCAGAACAAAUACCGCGGCAUGAAGUUCAUUCACUGCGGUGUUGUCAUGUUCGUCAGCCACAAGAUCAAGGAUGCCGAGCUCAUGAAAGCACCCUGGCGGUUACAGAAUGAAGGAAUCCGCAUUCUUGAGCCCUGGGCGGAGCAACGUAUUGUCAAGCUUACGAACAAGAACACGCUAUACAAGCUUCUCAUUGAGAUGUUUCCCAAAAUGCCUAGGGACGGAAGCCAUGAGAUCGGUGAGGUAGGCGACCAGUUGAAGGAUAUGGACAUUGGAUGUUGCUUUGUGCGCGUCGAGCAGAGCGAGGGUGAAGAUGGAUUCCCAUUUCGCAUGGUCCUACCGCUGUGGCGACACCCUGGCAGCGCGAAUUUGAUGGUCGACAAGGACGAUCGGAAAGCGAUGCUUCUCCGCUUGUUCAACGAGAAAGACCCUCAGAUCAAAAAUCACGUCGCGGAGAAGGCAGCUGCAGCAGCCGCGUUAGAAGCUAAGGAGGCUGAAGAAGAGGAGAGCAAGGACCCAGCAGAGGCUGAGGCCAAGGCGACCAUGGAGAUCGAAGAGGAGGGAGGUGUGAAUUUGGAGGAUGCUAUGGAGGUCAGCUGA